CAAUACAUUCAGUCAAUGAAUGAAUGAAAACAAAACAUUGAAUGCAAUAAAAAAAGUGAAAGUCUUUGUCAAUCAAACAAAACAAACAAACAGUGAAAACAUCACCAAAAAGAUCAACACAAAGACAAUCGUUUAAUGAUUUAAAGACAACAAUUAGAUAUCAUAUAUCAUCUAAUGAUCAGAAAUGUGGUUAAAAGUACUUUUGAUGACAUCCUUUGUCUUGUUUAUGCUUUUGUUGUCGCGAUUGAUGGAAAUGACAUUAAAUGGCAAUCAAUUGAUUUCGACGCAAAUCUUUGUCAAUACUAUCGGUCUUAGUGUAAGACAACUCAAGUAUUUGUUAGAUAUUAGAGGUGUUAGUUAUGACGGAGUGUUGGAAAAGUCAGAACUGAUCCAAUUGGUAGAUCAAAGUGGAUCUGUUAGCGAACGACAACUAAUGGACGCCGAGUAUGAUAUUCAACAGCAAACGACUGCAGAGUUUGACAAUAAUGCAGACAUCGGUAACAACAAUGGCAUGAAUAGUGAUGACACUCACACCAGGAAUCAAAUGUAUGAUAUUGUGGCUAAAAGUGAUCGACGAUUCAGUUGUGGCGCUCAUCUCUAUGAAGAAGUUGAGGAUACAAAAGAUAGCGCUUGGAUUCUGAAUGUGAUGGCCAUCGAUGGACACAAUCGUAUUGAUAGUAAAUUGUGGAAAAAAGUGGUCGACAAGUGUAAUAAAUAUGGAAUCAGAACCGCUAUCUUUGACUGCGCUCUCGAUCCCAAACUCUGUCAACGAAAGUCAUGGAAUACAUCGCGACUGAUAUUAGCGCUUCCGCGGGAAGGACUUAAAACUAAAGAAGAUGUACUUAUGAUUACCUAUUUUAUCGGACAAAAUACCAAAUUUCAACAGAUUAUUGAUUGGAUACAUAAACAGUUGGUUACAAGAGUGACGUUCAUCGAGUCUGAAGAAGAACUUGAAAACAAAUGGUUGCAGUCAUCGAGCAAUUCAUCAAUGGAUGUCUACAAUGAUAUUAAAAUGGUGUUCAUCUCAAGUUUGAGUGCACCUCCUCUUAUACUGUCGGCGUUGGCCAUCAAGUUUAGUGGACGCAUUAAAUUUGGCUUUUUUAAGACAUCUGCCAACAAAAAGAAAUCGUUGGCCAUUAAACUGGAUAAACGUAUUCCCAGUUAUAUAAUUGUCUUAUCCGACAGACAUUACAAUUAUGGCCAAAAAUCCGGAGAAAACCUAAAGUAUUUAAGUAUUGAACUAAUGUUACGCACACUUAGACCCGAAACCAAUGACGUGUUUCUAUUGAGUCUUUUGCUAACAAACUUGAGUCUCGCUCUUCACUUGUUUUGGAUGAAGUGUUCAAAAUUGUGGAAACAUUUAGUUUUCUGGUUUAUAUUAACUGUUAAAUACAAUUGUAUACUAUUUCUUAUAUGGUUAGCCAUUCAUACUUUGCUGGCUUGCGAUACAUUCCCAAUGAUAACACAAUUGUGUACUUAUGGACACCGAUUCUGUCAAUACUUAUCGCUUACCGAAAUGGCAACAAUACUACGCUAUGAUAUCCAAUAUAACUAUAAGUUUCCAUUUUUAUUGAUUUCUUUUAUUACAUUUGGUCUUCUAUUGGCAUUUAUUCGCCGAAAACUAAUAACGAGUGAUGACAACGACGAUCACCACUUAUUCCACGAUUGGACUCCUUGGGAGUCAACACUAUUGACUUAUAUAUUAUUUCGACCAAUAAGUAUGACUUUAUUCCGUUCACGAACUAACACAUCCAUUGAUAUUAAUUUAGAAGAAGGUAUGGAACUGCUUAUUGAAAGACUAGCUGUUCCUAACUUAUGGUUACAGACUGAGCUCAUAUCUAGCGAUUACAUUAAAGAAUUGCCAAUUUGGAUACAUCAUAAUCCUGUUGAUGAUUGCGAUUUGUCGACCAAUGAGACCAAUGAAAGUGACAAUAACUCGAGCUGUGAUGACUUAGUGACGAAUAGACAAAGUCGUAUGCAAUGCCAGACUUUGGUCACACAAAUGUCAUAUCAAAUGAACUCAAAUCAAUUGAAUUCUAGUCAAAUGUCCGGUAAUUUUCAUCACUCAGAUGACUGCCAUUGCAUCGGGUCUUCCGACACAACAAAAGUAGCUUCAAAUAUACGAUUGAAAUCAAAUAAUGUUAACAGCAAUGCCUGUCCUGCGAAGUGUCGUAAAGAAGUCGUUAUAAGACACAGAUCGCAGAAAAAUGACGAAAUAUUGGCAAAUAGUGAUCAUAACCUCAAUAAAUGUUUUAUACCACAAGGUAUGAUCAAAUGCAAUGAUUGUGCCAUUUGUCUGGAAACAUAUCGCACAGGUAUCUCCAUAUGUGGACUUCCAUGCGGUCAUAAUUAUCAUCAAAAUUGUAUAAUGCUUUGGUUAUAUAGAGACAAUCAUAUUUGUCCGAUCUGUCGGUGGCCAACAUAUAAACAAAAACCAAAACAAGAAUAACAUUUUUGAUUUAUUAUUAUUAUUAACUUAUAAUUA